CUACAUAUCAAUUUUUAGUUUGACACGACGCGUGGUGGUGAACACACGUAUGUUUUCAAUAUGUAGUUUGUUUUGAAGGAAAUCGUGUUUUGUUGUUUACUUUUUCAUUUAACAGAUAAGAAUUUAUAUUAAAAGAAUAGUACGCUUAGUAUUAGAAAUAAAUCCGUGUCAAAGCUAUGAUAGAAAAAUCCUAUAAAAUCUAAAAUGGAAAAUAACAAAAUAAACGUGACGAAUGAAAACAAAGAACAUAAGAACAGUACAGAUUUAGAUAAAAUUAAUUCAUUGAAAUCAGAAAACAAAGACGAAAUAGUUGCACAUUACACAAGAGAUGAGGAAUCGAUGGUUGAUAGAGUUAAAUUUGAAGGUUUAGAUGAUGUUGACAGCAUUUACUCUGUCGAUACAAAGAAAUUACCUCCAAUACCGGAUGGUGGUUGGGGAUGGGUGGUUGUUGUCGCUGCUUUUCUAAUCUCAGCCUGUGCUGAUGGUUUAGCAUUCUCCUUCGGUUUACUACACGAGGAAUUCACUACUUACUUCGAGACUACGCAAUCGAAAACAUCUUUAAUAGGCAGUUUGUUUAUCGCGACUCCGUUGCUUGCUGGACCUAUUAUGAGUGCGUUAGUCGACAGAUAUGGUUGUCGAACUAUGACUAUGAUAGCUGGUUUACUUUCUACUGUAGGCUUCUUGUUGGCAUCAAUCAGUAACUCUGUUGAAAUGUUAUGUUUGACGUUUGGUUUUUUAAGUGGCCUAGCGAUGGGUAUUUUAUACGUAACAGCUGUUGUCGCAGUUGCUUUUUGGUUUGAUAAACGAAGGAACCUUGCAGUUUCUUUAGCUUCCUGUGGGAUCGGUUUUGGGACAUUAAUCUAUUCUCCUCUAACGCAUUAUUUACUGGAAGCUUACGAUUGGAGGAAUACGGUUGUUCUACUCGCUGGUACUUUAUUGAAUAUGUGCGUAUGUGGUGCAUUAAUGAGAGACCCUGAAUGGCUCACAAUUAAACAGGUAAGAGAAAGAAGACUGUCAAAGUCUAGAUCUGGUCGGUCUUCUAGUAUUGGAUCCAUGUCAUCAAGAUCUUUAGGAGGUGAAUCGUUGUUUUUAACACCUGAAGAAUUGAAAGCAUUGUUGAAGAGUGGACAGAGCCCUGAUUAUACCUAUAAAAGGAUACACUCAGAUAUACAUCUGCCAACUUUUGUAGCGCAAAAUGAAAAGGUCCCAGUAGAAGUUAUAGAAAAAUUAAUGACUAACAAAAGACUGUAUAACAUAAUAUUACAAAAUUAUCCAGAUCUAAUCACAAGAAGGCGUUCCGAAGAGAAUCUUAACAUAGAAGGAUCAGAACAUGAUAAGAAUGAACCAGCACAAUUACCGGUAACAGUUACCGUUAAGAUGUCUAAUAAAAACGAACCAGAAACAAACAAAGAGAGAACAGAACGUAAGGAAAAGAAUCAAAAUAACAAAGAAGCUAAACCCAAUACGAACAUAGAUAAUAUCGAAAAGAAAAAGCCUAAACUGCCAGUGCAACAAACAAAUUGGCUGUCAAGACAGAUUUCUAUGGAUCACCAUUACCUAAGAGAUAUGCCUUUAUAUAGAAAUACCAUAAUGCAUAGAGGAGCAAUGAUGAAUAUACCUAGAUAUAAACUAAGAGCAUCCUCUUUGCCAGAUAUUUACAGGAAUUCAAUGUGGUCUCUUGGUACAGAAUCUGAUGACGGAAUGAAAUGGUAUCAAAGAUUAUGGGCGACAACAAAAGCGACAUUCGACUUUAGAAUGUUCACUGAAUUUCAUUUCUUGAUGUUCAAUCUAUCUUCUCUCAUCCUCUCCGUCUGGUUCAUCGUUCCUUACUUCUUCCUCAAGUCUUACAUGACUUCUAGAAGUAUGGAUGGAGGUGCUGAAAUGAUUAGUAUUAUUGGUAUUGCUAGUAGCAUUGGAAUUGUGGCUUUAGGUUGGGCAGGAGACCAGCCUUGGAUAAACGUCACCAAGACGUAUGCCGUAUGCUUAAUCAUUUGCGGUCUUUCCGUCAGUCUGUAUCCUCUUUUUAUCACCAACUAUUGGGCCCUGGCCAUCAUCUCUGCGGUCUUCGGUCUGUCUUUCGCAAGUUCCUAUUCUUAUACUCCGGCUAUUCUAAUGGAACUGAUGCCAAUUGACCAUUUCACGGUAGCAUAUGGCCUGAUACUCCUCAGUCAGGGAAUUGGACAUUUGGUUGGGCCUCCGAUUGGUGGAAUGCUGUACGAUUUAACUGGCAGUUGGGACAUGACGUUUUACACUGGUGGCAUCUGGCUGGUGAUAUCAGGUUUGUGCGUGGGUGUCAUACCUUAUACGAGGGAUGUGCGGAUGUGUGGGAGUGCCCCACUCUUCAAGGAAGCUGAGGAAGCGAGGAAAGAAGACAUUGAUGUGUGAUCGCCAGAAUUUUCUUAAAAAGAAAUAUUCUUUAAAUGUCGUUUUAUUUCUUAAGUGAUAUUCACGUGGUUAAUAAGGUUUUUCCGUCAAUAAAUGUAGAAUGAAUUUAAUUUA